AUUCCAUGAACAAAGCCUACAAAACUCGCGCGUGCAGCCCAAUUAAACCAGCCGGCGCAAGCCCAACUGGCCCGCUUACCGGCCAGCCGAUCCCUAAUAGCUAAGCCCAACUCCUGCGCUCUGCGCUCGCGAGUCGCGACCGCACGGGCUCACGCAGGCGAGCGAGAGGACGCCGCCCUGCCCGCACGGCGGGUCCCCGCGCGGCCGCGCCGCCCUAAUCGCUGCGCACCCGGCGUCGCCUGCUCCUGUACCCCAGGCGGCCGCGUCCCACUUGCUCAUCCCGCGCCGCCUCCCUCCCGCGAGUACCGCCUCUCACCGCGCUGCGGCGCCGGCGCUUCCUCGGCUGCGCUCCGGCGCGAACGCCUCCUGCCGGCGGUAUCCCUGAGCGGGCGGCGUAGGUAGCAGAGUCGAGUCUUUCGGGUGGCAACACGCGCGGCGUGGGUGACAGCGUGCGCGCGGCAUCGGCCUCGACCUCGACUCGGCUCGGGGUCGGCCGCGGUUCGUCAGAUCGACUCCCUGACCAGCUUGCUUUGUGUGCUGCAAUGGCGUCUCUGGGGCGCAGAGUUGGAAGCUACAUUUGCUCGGAGCUGUGUGGCCCAGUUAUGAAUAAGAGGCUCUACUCUUCUUCGAGGGUGGAUUGGAAACAGCUGCGGCCAAUGAUUCUCAAGAGAAUUAAGAACCGGGCAAAGGAUUACCCAAUCAAGCGAAUGAUCCCAGUUGCAGAGGAGGUGAUCAGGACUAGGGAGAUUGUCACUGAGGGUGUCUCCACGCUGCUCAAAGUUGUUCCUGUACAUUCAUGCAAGGUUUGUCCCGAGGUUCACAUUGGAGCUGUGGGGCAUCAAAUGAAAACAUGCCAUGGUUUCAAGCGUAUGAUCAAGGACCAACCACAUAAAUGGGGUCCAGGCAACUUGAAUGACAUCCUUGCCCCUGUUCAGGCUUUCCACCUGAAAUACAUGUUUCAGGAUGAGAUAAAGCAUGACCAGAGGUUCGACUUCACUCGCGUCCCAGCUGUACUCGAGCUCUGCCAUCAGGCAGGUGCAGUUAUACCUGAUGUGGUUCUAUACAAAAGUGACCAACUAUCUACAGCCGUUAAAGGCAACUGCCAAGAACCUGCUUCUUUCUUACCGGAUGAACUUAGAUAUAUCGGUCAGAGAACACUGGAUGCAUGGGAAAGCCUGAGAUUAGGUGUCAUGAAACUCCUAUUGGUCUACCCAUCCAAAGUUUGUGAGCACUGCUCUGAAGUGCACGUCGGGCCAUCAGGGCACAAGGCCAGAAUGUGUGGCGUAUUCAAGUUUGAGGGUUGGAAAGGGAUGCACAAGUGGAAGAAGGCCGGAGUGGAUGACCUAAUUCCUCCGAAGAUUGUGUGGCAUCAGCGGCCUCAUGACCCACCCGUUCUUGUGGAUGGUGGGAGGGAUUAUUAUGGUCAUGCGCCUGCUGUCAUCGAGCUUUGUAUGAAAGUGGGUGCACAAGUACCCCCAAAAUACCGUUGCAUGAUGAAGACACACGGCUUAGCACCACCUGUUCCAUGAUACCGGGUGUCUUAUAGAGUUGAUUGCCUAGUUAGAUCUACACAUGGUGUUAUAAAGGAAAUGUAUAGAUCGGACAUCAAAAUAAUCUUUUUUGUGAGGAAAAUUCAAGGUUGCAAAGACUGCUUUGGCAGAAGUCACCAGCUAAUGGUAAUGACCAGUGAAGCAGAUAUUCCAUUUUGAAGAUUAUUUGUGUUAUUAGAAUUCAGAAGAUCAGGAUUAGACACAACUAUUUUCCACUAUGGAUCUGAAAAUCAUCAGUUAAUAAGUGCAAACUAUCUGCGUUGUAAAAUAUUCAGAACAGAUUACUUCAUUGCCCUUCAUUUGUUCAGACUCUCAUUUGGCAAGAAUAGAGGGAGGCCCUCAGGAGUUAGGACCAAUCAUCUGUCUGCUCUCCAGCAACUCUGCUCGGCUACUAUAACAUUCAUUGUUUUUUGUAAUCUUCAUUUUGCCCAGAGGAUUACCUGGAUAGUUGUUCAUGUUACCUGGACGUCAUACCUGAAACCUCUUGACUUGGUUUUCGGAUUGUCUCUGUUAGCCUCAUGGGCAAUUUUUUUAGGAGCAUAUGCCAUGUAGUGAUGGUUGUGAUGCCUUGCUGCAAGUUGCAGCCCAUGGUGUGGACAUCCUGUGUUGUAUGCCCUACUGUUUCAGCUGAAAACCAUUCUUUCUGAUGCUGUAAUUUAUGUACCGACUUUUACUGGUUCGUUUUGCUGUACUGAAUCUACUGAUAUCUAACUCCGAA